GAGGCUUCCGUUACUUUUUCUUGUGAAUAGACCUCUGAUUUAUCCUACGACCUUCACGACGACGAACGAGAACCGGACCAGACAAGAUGCUUGGCGCUGGAGCUCUCAUCUGGGUGUCGUUCAGGCCUUUGCUUCGCUUGUUCCUCUGCGUUGCUUCUGGCUUUAUUUUGACCAAAGCCGAACUGUUCCCCGUUCAGGCCGCUCGUGGAGCGGGGCAGAUUGCGCUGAAUAUUGCCAUGCCAUCCCUCAUGUUCUCUCGCAUUGUUCCGGCCUUCUCUUCAGACAACAUCUCCGCCCUAGGACCCUUGGUUUUGAUUGCUUUCAUAUAUCAGGGCAUAGGCAUGGUCAUGGCCUGGACCAUUACGCAGAUAUUCUGGGUCCCUCAUCGGUUUAGGCAUGGGAUGAUCGCUGCUGGUAUCUGGGGGAAUGUUGGUGACAUUCCAACCUCUGUGAUCAUGAGUAUCACAGCAGUGGCGCCCUUCAAUGGAACUGCAGACGAAGACCUCGCGGUGGCAUAUAUCUCCGCCUUUAUCCUCGUGUUCUUCGUCACGCUCUUCCCUAUGGGCGGUAAUCGUCUCAUCGCCAGGGACUUUGUUGGUCCAGACGUCGAGCCCGAUGAAGUUCGCGAAAGGCUCAGAUGCAGGCAACGCAAACUCCUACUCAAUUUCGUUGCCCGCGCCCGGAACUGGAAACACCCGUUCAGCUCGACAGCAUCCAUCAGCUCCGACGAGAAGGCGUCAGACCCAGAGUUCCGGCCCCAUUCGCCAUCAGACUUUGAGGCUGACGCGCCGAAGGCUCGGUCUUACUCCAAAGCGCCACUGAGCAAUGACCACGGGCAUGACCUCAACGAGAAGGAUGUAGAUGAUUGUGGCUCGCCUGGAAAUUAUGGCCCAUCAUCGCCUACACCGUCCGAUGCCUUCCAUAACUGGAUGCCAUCUAUGAGCCGACACGUCUCCUUCUGCCCUCAAGAUGACGGUGGCACCACCAUUGUCCCACCACAUUCCGACGCUGCCCUUGCAUCACGGUUUGCCUCUCCGGUUGCCUCACGAUUUACUUCUCCCGCACCCACAAUCGUCCACGGUGACCAGCCUAUCUCACCUAUCAUUCCGACCAAUCCAACACUUCCUUCUUUCACCUCUGAAUCCGCCGUCGCUCGACCAUCUAACGCGAACCGCACCCGUCGCCAAAAGAUCAUCUGGAACCUCCGCACCAUUCUCUUAGGCUUCGUCACACCCGCUUCCCUGUCCAUCAUCAUUGCCUUCCCUAUCGCACUCAUCACGCCCGUAAAAUCCCUCUUCACCACCACAUCAUAUACCGGCAUUCCAAAUGCACCCGACGGUGAACCUCCCCUCGCUUUCAUCAUGGAUACCACAACAUUCAUGGGCGGAGCUUCCGUUCCCCUUGGAUUAGUAUGUUUGGGGAGUGCGUUGGCUAGAUUGAAGGUUCCGAGCUUUAGGAGCAGUGAAGAGUGGCAGAAGAUACCGAGGGGUGCGAUUAUGAGUUUGGCGAUUGGAAAGAUGAUUAUCAGUCCCGUGCUAGGCGUUUUGAUCGUCAGAGGGUUGACGAAGGCAGGCGUUGUGGAUUCGGAGGAUAAGGUCUUACAGUUCGUUUGCAUUUUCUUAUCCUGCCUGCCGACAGCGACAACACAGGUGUUCCUCACGCAGGUGUACUCUGGUACUGGAUCGGCAGAACACUUGUCACCAUUCCUCAUCCCUCAAUACAUUAUUAUGUUUGUCUCCAUGACCGCACUUACGGCUUAUACUCUUCAACUUCUUUUCUAAUCGACCUUUUCGAUAUCUACCUUUACAUCCCCACAGCUCACGUCCCCCUUGUCCCUCUUCGUUUAUCUUCUGGCGACGAGCCUCUGCAAUGCCGAUAUUGGGUUCGUAGAAUAGACAUCACCCACUUAUGCUUCAUCCUCAUCCUUCAUCAUUUUUCUUUACCUACACCCUCUCGACAUAGAUUUUCGCUCACAUAGAGUGUACGUACUGUACAUACAGAGCCUUCCCGUUUGCCUGUCACCGCCAAAAUGUGCAUCUUGUACAGCGCUCGCUGCACGGAUAUGUAGCAUGG